CGAUCGACACGCAGUAACGGUGCUUACACGCUCAACAACUGCAACGUAAAGUGUGACGGGAGCAAUUUCAAGAAGAACCCGAUCUGUUGCCUGGCGUCAGCAGGGGGCGUGUGCAAUGAUGCUGAAGCCGACGAGUCUGUCCGCGCCGGAGCAGUAUGCGCCGCGGCAGGAAAGCCAAGUUGCACUGAAUCUUUAGACGCAGAGAGCCCAGACGUGCCAGCCAUCACAAGUCCAACUCCUCAAAUUGUAAUCACUCCACACGAGGAACCAGAUGACGAGUCUCCCCAAGAGCAUCGUGGAGGGACGCAAAGAAGCCUGCUUACACAGCUAUUCACGAUUCGUAGAGGAGCAGCAAUG